AUGUGGGAGCGGUUUCAGUGGGGGCCAGUGUUACCAUAUGAUCAGGCCUUAGCCGAGUUCUGGACCCUACAGUGGACACCGUGGCAUAUGAGGUCGAAGAUUAUAGAUGUAGGGGUUACAGAGGAGUAUAUUCAGUAUAUCACUGCACAUCCUAUUCCACGUAUAUCGGAUUUGGUGGAGCCAAUUCCAACUUUUGAGGAUGAUAAGCGACAACGACGGAGGAGGCGAGGAGUUCGAGGACUUGUAGGAGGUGGACGAGGUAGGGGAGGUGAUGAAAGUGGAGGUGAUGGAGGAGGAGGUGACGGAGGGGGAGGUGAUGGAGAUGGAGGAGGUGGGGGUGGAGGUGGUGGAGGAGGACAUUUGCAGAGGAGAGGGAGAGGCGAGUAG